AUGGUUGAUUGGGCAACUCAAGAUCGUUUGUAUCCACAUGGCUAUCAACCAGUUGAUAUUCGAUAUAGACGUAUUAGUAUUGAUUCAUCAUUACCUUAUUCUAUUGCAUUAAAUAAAAGACAUAAUUGUCGUUCACAAUCAAAGCAAUCAAGAAUUUUUAAAAGUGAGAAUAUAUUUAAUGAAAAUCUUCAUCAUGGUCUUUAUUCAGCUAUUUACUUCUUUAAUAAUAUUUCUAAAAAAUCAAAUAAUGAUAGAAAUCCAAAAUUACUUGCAUCGUAUUCUUCUAAUAUAAAUUGGCCUCGUUCAAUAUGUUGUUUAUCUAAAACUGAUGGAUCAUUAAUUAUAUGUGAACAAGAUCAAUGUCGUCUUCUUCUUUUUACAUCUAAAUUAAUACUUCGUUCAACUUGUGGUGAAAAACGAGGUAAUGGUCUCUAUGAAUUUGAUUCACCAUGGAGUGUCGCUGCAUUAAUCGAUAAAUCAUCGUCUAAUAUUCUUGUAGCUGAUACAAAUAAUCGACGAAUACAAUUUUUUACUAUUGAAUAUAAUGGACAAUUUUUACAUCAACAUAGUUUAAUUAUAAAAGAAAAACCUUAUUUCAUUGCAACAAGCAAACGACAUUUUGCUGUAUCAUGUGAAAAAAAUUUAAUUAUUACUUUCUUAGCAAACGAAAGAACUAAAGUAGCAAAUAUCAAUCUCAAGAAAAUAUCAUUAAUACAAAAUUCAAAUGAAAUAGCGUUUUGUUUAUGUAUGGAUCCUGAAAGUAGUCUUAUUUUCGUUAGUAAUCCAAUUGCACCAUCGAAUGUAAUUCAUCAAUUAACAAUAAAUGGUGAAUAUCUUCGUUCUAUUAAACUUGAUCAUAAACCAUUUCUUCAUAUAUCUUCUCUUACAUUUGAUGCUCAUAAUCAACAACUUAUUAUUGCUGAUUCACUUAAUUCGAUUAUUUAUUCAGUAGAACAUGAUUUAGAUGAAGAUAACGUAGAAAUUUUAUUAAAACGUUCUGAUAAUGUUAAUUAUCCUCAAGACUUGUGUAUUAGUAAUGAAGGUCAUUUGAUAGUCGUCGAAUGUAGUGUAUUAACACAACAUGCAUUAAAAAUCUUUCGAUAUCAUCCGUGCGUAUGUCAUUCACGUUUGACAACAUCUAGUGUUAAGACAAGUGAAACAACAAGUGUUCGAUCAAUUAUUUAUCAAUAUUAA